UGGCGAAGAUAGUGAGUGUGUGUGAGGCAGAUAGCUAACUAGAAAAACGAAGGCUAUACUAACGUAACCCCUGGCUAAAGUAAAACUUUACGGAACUAGCUAGAAAAGGGGAGACUUAGGUGGGAAUGAGGACUUUUGUAGAUUCUUUUAGAUAGUCUUAACAAACACAAGCCUGCCUCUUCUUGCUUGUCAGCCAGCUAGACAUCCCCAAAGUCAAGCUCGUCAUCCCCAAGAGGGAAAAAAUUGCCUCACUGCCUCCCACCUACACCACCAGCACUGCCUUCCCAUCAUGCCUUUCCCUUUUGGGAAGUCCCAGAAGAGCCCAGCAGAUAUUGUGAAGAGCCUGAAGGAGAAUGUGGCCUGCUUAGAAAAGCUGGACGCUUCUGAGAGCAAGAAGUGCGAAAAGGUUGCGGAGGAGGUCUCCAAGAACCUGGCCUCGCUGAAGGAGGUGCUGUGUGGCACGAGCGAAAAGGAGCCUCAGACGGAGGCUGUGGCACAGCUGGCACAGGAGCUGUACAACACCAACCUGCUGAUCGCCCUCAUCGCCAACCUGCAGAGGAUCGACUUUGAGGGAAAGAAGGAUGUGGUGCAGGUCUUCAGCAACGUUGUGCGCCGCCAGAUCGGCACCCGCACACCCACGGUGGAGUACAUCUCUUCCCACCCGCAGAUCCUCUUCAUGCUGCUGAAAGGGUACGAGAGUGCGGAAGUGGCGCUGAACUGCGGCAUGAUGCUUCGGGAGUGUCUGCGGCACGAGCCCCUGGCCCGCACCGUGCUCUUCUCCGAGGAGCUCUACUGCUUCUUCCGCUACGUGGAGCUCUCCACCUUCGACAUCGCCUCGGACGCCUUCGCCUCCUUUAAGGAUCUUCUUACAAGACACAAGAUCAUGUGCGCUGACUUCUUGGAGACAAAUUACGACAGAGUGUUUACGGAAUACGAGAAGCUCCUGCACUCUGAUAAUUAUGUCACCAAACGUCAGUCUUUGAAGCUCCUGGGAGAGUUGCUGCUGGACAGACACAACUUCACAGUCAUGACCAAGUACAUCAGCCGCUCAGAAAACCUGAAGCUGAUGAUGAACCUGCUGAGGGACAAUAGCCGCAACAUCCAGUUUGAGGCCUUCCAUGUCUUUAAGGUGUUUGUAGCGAACCCCAACAAGACCCAACCCGUGCUGGACAUUCUGCUGAAGAACCAGGUCAAGCUGGUGGAGUUCCUGAGCCACUUCCAGACGGACCGCUCCGAGGACGAGCAGUUCUGCGACGAGAAGAACUACCUCAUCAAGCAAAUACGGGACCUCAAGAAGCCCAUGGCACAGGGAGAGGCCUAGUGGA